ACCCGGAAGCGAAAUAGAGAGAACUUCCGUUCUUUGUUCUGUCCCGGUGUGUGGGUCCGUGACAGGGUCCAACGGGGCCUGGUCCGUGUCUGGCCCCUCAAAUCUCCCGUCCCUGCCCCCAGGGUGAGUCCGGCCGCCCCCGGGGCUCGCGGUGAGACGCAGGCUGUGGCCGUCGGGGAAAGGGGUGGUGUCCGCGCCGCUGCGGCCCGCGGGGUCCCCAGGCCCGCCCGGAGCAGGGUGCCUCUGGGAGGAGCCGCUCCCUCCCCCGCAGCCGGUCCCCGACUCCGCUUCCCCGGGGACCUCCCUCUUUCAGAGGGAGGCCCCGCCAGGCAGGGAGGCAAGGGGCUCCGGUGCUGGUCUUGUGCCUUAGCCCAGCUCGAGCACUAAAGUUCCAGUAUGGCUUUAAACGGGUCCCUCUCUUUAGGACAGCUGAUGACAGCGCCCUGAACUUGGUAAUUCUCCCAAACACUGCUUUUAUUUGGUGUUAACACAGUAAUUCGCGCCAGCGACAGAAGCCUCUUUUAGCCGAGUCUGAGGCUCUGAGGAGGAGGAGUUCUACGAAGUGUUCGCAGUUAGAACUAGGUCUGGAAUGGGACCCGGCGGCAGGCGGGGGCGGGGGGGUGGCGGCGUGCAAACUCGGAUCCGGGAAUCAUCCCGCGGGCGCUCAGUAAAUCAAGUCGCUCGGAGAGUGGCACAGCUGUGUCAGGCUCCCGCCUUCACUUGUGUUAGAUCCCUGAUUUGAUCCGCUUUUGAAGUGGAAUUGAUUGCAGGUGGAUGUUUACGCUCUGAAUGGCGUUUGUAAACUCCAGGAGAGGAUAAGCAGGAUGAUGAACCCGAAAUCUGUGGAAUAAUGAGGAGCUAAAAGUAUUUAUCCUCAAGCAGAGUCUGUGGAGAGUGGACAUCGUUUGGUUUACAAAUGUUCGGCGAACAGCUGUGUGGAAGGAGAAGAUUGUGUACUUGAAGGUCGGUAGGGCAGGGCGCUAGGCCUCUGAGGUGAAGGUCCAAGGGGAUAGGUUUUCCCUCAGCAACCGAAUACCUCUCUGAUGGUGAAGCUCUGCAGCAACGGACCAGACUCCCUGCUGAAGUUGAGGGUCUCUUGCUAGUUAACCAUCAGAAUAUUGGAAACCCGAGAAGGCAUUUCUUAGACUUGGGUGGACAGUUGAACUGGAGGAGGUUCAGUUGCCUUUCACAUCUCCAGGGGUGCAACACAGAUAACCAAUUGUGUCUUAAUUGUGCUGAUUAUUUGUGUGUGUGUGUGUGUGUGUGUGUGUGUAUUUUUAUUGGAGUUCAGUUUACCAACAUACAGCAUAACACCCAGUGCUCAUCCGGUCAAGUGCCUCCCUCAGUGCCCCUCACCCAGUCACCCCAUCCCCUCACCCACCUCCCUUUCCACUACCCCUUAUUCGUUUCCCAGAGUUAGGAGUCGCUCAUGUUCUGUCAACCUCUCUGAUUUUUCCUACUCAUUUUCUCUCCUUUCCUCUAUAAUCCCUUUCACUAUUUUAUAUAUUCCCCGUAUGAGUGAAACCACAUAAUGUUUGUCCUUCUCCGAUUGACUUACUUCACUCAGCAUAAUACCCUCCAGUUCCAUCCACGUUGGAGCAAAUGGUGGGUAUUAGUCGUUUCUAAUGGCUGAGUAAUACUUCAUUGUAUAUAUAGACCAAUUGUGCUGAUUAUUAUAUGUUCUCUUUUUUUUUCCUUUUAUCUGAGUAGAUGAAGUUUACGUGAAUAUUUUUAAUUCUUUUUUUUUUUUUUCCACUUCCUUCAUCAUACAGCACUGGCAUUAGCUUAACUUAGAAUUCCCAGGAACUUGAACAGAGGCUUCAAAAUUCCUAAUAAUUGCUUCUCUGGUCUUCUGGGACCUAACUCCAAAAAAAGGAAGGAGAGAUUCCAGCAGGGUCUUAUAUUCUGAUCCAAGGAAAUGUAUUAGGAGAAAAGGAAGGUAGAAAGAAGGCUGGCUGCUACCUUCUCGGUCAUAGGGGCCAGGCCUCUAGAUCUGAUAGUAGACCAGAGACCCAGAGCUUCUAGCCCUACCCAUGGAAACUCAGGCUGAUUGCGUAUCUCAGGAACCUCAGGCCCUGCUUGAGAGUGCUCUUCCUUCCUCGAAAGUUCCUGCCUUUUCUGACAAGGACAGCCUGGGGGAUGAGAUGUUGGCAGCUGCGCUCCUAAAGGCCAAGUCCCAGGAGUUGGUGACGUUUGAGGAUGUAGCUGUGUACUUCAUCCGGAAGGAGUGGAAGCGUUUGGAGCCUGCUCAGAGGGACCUCUAUAGGGAUGUGAUGCUGGAGAAUUAUGGGAAUGUGUUCUCGCUGGAUGGUGAGACCAGGACUGAGCAUGAUCAAGACAUUUCUGAAGAUACAGGAUCACGUGGGGUGCUGUUGGGAAGAUUCCAAAAGGAUAUUUCUCAGGGUCUUAAGUUUGAAGAAGCCUAUGAACAAGAUGUCAGUCUCAAGAGGCAACUGGGGAAUUCCUCUGGAGAAAGAUUGGAUAGGAAGAUACAAGAUUUUGGUCAGAUGACAGAUGAGGAAAAGCUAACCCCCGGGGGAGAGAGAAGUGAGAAAUACAGUGAUUUUGGGAAUAGCUUGACUGUGAGUUCUAACCUUAUUUCACAUCAGAGACUUCCUGUGGGAGACAGACCCCAUAAGUGUGAUGAAUGUAGCAAGAGCUUUAAUCGAACUUCAGACCUUAUUCAACAUCAGAGAAUCCACACUGGGGAGAAACCCUAUGAAUGUAGUGAAUGUGGGAAGGCCUUCAGCCAGAGCUCACAUCUUAUUCAGCAUCAGAGAAUCCACACUGGAGAGAAACCUUACGAAUGUAACGAUUGUGGGAAGACUUUCAGUUGUAGCUCUGCCCUCAUUCUACAUCGGAGGAUCCACACCGGGGAGAAGCCCUAUGAAUGUAAUGAAUGUGGGAAAACCUUUAGCUGGAGCUCUACCCUUACUCAUCAUCAGAGAAUCCACACUGGAGAGAAACCAUAUGCUUGUAAUGAAUGUGGGAAGGCCUUCAGCAGGAGCUCCACUCUUAUCCAUCACCAGAGAAUCCACACUGGAGAGAAGCCCUAUGAAUGUAAUGAGUGUGGGAAAGCCUUUAGCCAGAGCUCACACCUCUACCAGCACCAGAGAAUCCACACUGGAGAGAAGCCCUAUGAAUGUAUGGAAUGUGGAGGAAAGUUUACCUAUAGCUCAGGCCUUAUUCAGCAUCAAAGAAUCCACACGGGGGAGAAUCCCUAUGAAUGUAGUGAGUGUGGGAAAGCCUUUAGGUAUAGCUCAGCUCUUGUUCGCCAUCAGAGAAUUCACACUGGAGAAAAGCCUUUGAAUGUAAUGGGAAUGAGCAAAACUUCUCUCAGAGUCACUGCUGAAUUAAAUAUCAGAGAGUCUACCUGAGAGAUAGCCACACACCUGUUUUCCUCACUUCCUCCGAGUCUGAAGAGCUCCUGCCUUACUCUAUAGAAGUAUGAACGUCUUAGAAUGUGUCCCUUCUGACUCACACUUUUCACUUUAGAGAAUGGGCCAAGUUGGGGAAAUCAUCCUGGCACAUCCUGGUGAUGAGCUACCUGUCAGUUUCCCCAGCAGUGAAACCAGGAGGCAAGUGGCAGGUUGAGUGCUGGGAAUAAGAGGGAAGCUCUGGGCCCAGUCACCUUCCGUUUUGGAAGGGAGUUUGCACUAGACCAUUUCUCUCACACCAGAGGAGCCUUUCUUUCCAAGGUGGGGGAGUGGAAGCACAGUAGGAAUAAAAUUCCAAGGAUUCCUGUAGUUGGGAUCAGUAUAGCCUGCACAGAAGGCAGUGCAAAGAAUGUUCUGAGUCCUGCUACUUGCUAAGAAGAGGACACGGGGGCUGUAUUUCAAAGCCGCUGUUCCUAAUCCAGCUUUAAGUUUUGAUAAGGAAUGUGCUGUUUGUGGUUGUUGUCGUUGUUCAUGACUUCAUUAAUUAUGGAAAUGUGGUGCUGAGGGAUUUGUUAUUUUACUGGCGGGGGGACCCUACGAGGUUUUCUGUGAUAACUGUACUUUGAGGGUGGCUCUUGGAGCAGCAAGCCCAUCUCUGAGAGCAGCAAAGCAGUUUUGUUGAAGAACUUGUCCUUCCCUAUUGUUAUAGGUCUGAUUGGGAAAUCCAUCUGAUAAUCAGUCUAACAGGGAGAGGAUCAGAAAGAUUUAGCAUUGGCCUAUUUCCUAUCCUCCCCUUCUCUGCAUCCCUCCCCACUCCUGUGUUGAAAAGUGAUCUAAUUCAAACCCCUAGUUACUAAGAAUAGAAUGCUUUUUAAGGAGCUCACUCAGCCCGCUUGCCCUGCCCUCUAUCACCUAUGACAUUUGGCCCCAGCCCCUGACCUCUCAUGACCUCACCUCUGACUUCAGCCGCCAAGUUGAAUGCAAAGAAAAGCAAAGCCCAGGGAAGAGAGUCUGACCUGACCUGGCUGUUGGGCUUCUUGCUGGGUUAGGAUGGAGCUCCUGAGUUUUCCCAGCUGAGGGGAUGAUCUUUCGUUAUAUUUUCCCAAUCCUGCUCAUCCUGUAGCAUAAAUGAAGUGCACUAUUAAACAGAAUAGUUUUUUAGAAGGCGACAUUGUGUUUUUGUGCAGGAGCCAAAUCUAUUUCAAUUAAAAUAGGAAACCAUGGCUAUAACUGGAAUCUAAAUUUUAAUCUUUAAGAUUUUUUUACAGACAACUAUUUUUCUUUCAUAAACACAUGACCUCUCUCUGUCAGGACUCUAUCAUAUUCCUCUAGAUACUGCCACAGACUCUUCGGUCAUGUACACAGUUACUCCCACCUCAUACCCACACGUCGGACGAUACUUAAGACCAGCAACCAAAACUAGAAAAUUGUUACUAUUGGGUGUGGGGCCUCUGACAAGCGUGUACUUGGAUUUUGGGUUGUAAUGGGCAUAUGUAGAUUUCUUCUUUGGUCUCUUGGUGGGAGGAGGUUCCAGUCAUGGAGAAGGCUGAGAUGAAAGUCUUACAGAGAAGAUAGAGAAGUGUCUGGAACUGGCCUCUGAAAAAUUUUUGAGCAUAUAUUGUGAUCACCUAAUACGUUUUUAAUUUCUUAAAGCUAUAAUGAAACUUGUUCUUUUUGGCUCUUCUUUGACACUCACCACAUACCUACAAAUAGAACUUUGUUUCUUGAAGCAUAGGCCAUGAAUUAUCCAUAUUAGAAUCACUAGGGUGCAUGUUAGUAAUGUAGGCUCCUGAGCCUCAAAUUGAACCUAUCAAUUUCUGAGGAUAGAGCCUUAAAAUUUAAACUGUAAAGCAAGAACUAAUGGGAUAGAGAAAAUUUCUGGAGGGAUAUGAGCAAGGUCUUAUAAACCAUUGUAUGUUUUGGAGGAGAAGAGGUUUCGGACAGGAUAGCUUGGGGUGGGCCUGAAGGUCCACUUGUGUGUCAAUCAUGUUGUGGAGCUCUGGAAAAGACCCCUGAGCAGGUAAAAUUAGGUGAAUAGUCACUACACAUGAAGGAUCAACCACUUCUCUAUCUGCAUGCUGAAUUCCCGUCACCCCACAAAGACCUCACAACUCCCUCCUUCAGAGCAUCUCUGUGAGACCUGGGAAUGAUCUGGAUCGUUGCAUGAAAAUUAUGUUUAUUUUUAAAUAUCUUUGAAGCUACUGUAACAUUCCGUUCAUCUGAUUUUCCUGAUUAUUUCUGUUUCCCAUGAUGAUUCCUCUUUUCUCAGUCCCUGAGUAUUCCUUAAUGUUGGACUGUGAUACCAGUUUGUCUCUUUCUUUACCAUUGUCCUUGGAACCACUUACUCCUGUGGUCUCAACUAUUAUCUAUGCAAAUAAGUUUUAAAUCUGCACCUGUGGUACUAGUCUCUCCUAAGUUCCAAUGUUGGGUCUCUGGCAGACUGCAGGACACUUACUCUUGGACCUUUAAAAGUUUCAAGUUACAUGUUUCAAACCAGAUACAUCUUUCUCAUAAACUGCCCCCUCACAAAAUUUCCGUAAACUCAGGGUCCAGACCUUUGGAGUUUUUCUUUGGUUAUUCUCAUUCUAUAUCUGACCGCCAUCGAGGCAUGGGCAGGUUCAGUAGGCAUGGAGUGGAAAGAGAUUGUUAGAGUUGAGGUCAUGGGGGAGGUGGGAUUUCCAAGCGGUGAUAAUAGUCGCUGACACAUAUCUUCCACCUGGCCCUUUUCCAAGUGGUUUUCGAUUUUUUUUUUUUUAAGAUUUUAUUUAUUUGAGAGAAUGGGCAUAAGCAGUGGGUGGGUAGACUGCUGAGCAGGGAGCCUGAUGUGGAGCUUGAUCCCAGGACCCGACCCCAAGAUCAUGACCCAACCUGAGGCAGGCGCUUAACUGAGCCACCCAGGCACUCCUGGUUUUCAGAUAUUAAAAUCAUGUAAUCUUCACAGCCACCUGUGUGUGAGGCGGAUGUUAAUAUUAACCCUGUUGUAAACUUGCCAGGUGAGACAUGACAAUGAGAUCAGGAAAUGGAAGACCCUAAGUUGCUCUACUUGGGAGGCUAGACCUUGUGGCCUGGAUGGCUCCCACGUGAGGUGGGGAGGCAUGUGUUAAGAAUAAGCCUCACCCAGGUGAUCCCCCCCUCCCUGUCCCUUACAGCUCUGCAACCUCUGUCAUUCCUUUGCUUCCAUUGCUGCUAAGCCUAGAGUUCGGGUCCUUAUUGCUUCUCCCCUGGGUUAGAUAAGUACUUUGCUAGUGGAGUCUCUAUUUUUCUCUCAAUCUCCCUAAAGCACUGACUCGUCACUCCUUCAGUGGUUUCUCCCUUAAUAAAAUCCAAGGGGUACUUGGGUGGCUCAGUUGUUUAAGUGCCUUUGGCUCAGAUCAUGAUCUCAGGGUCCUGGGGUCAAACCCAGCAUCAGGUUCCCUGCACAGCAGAGCGUGCUUUCCCUCUCCCUCUGUGAUUCCCCAUGCACUGCUUGCUCUCUCUCAAAUAAAAUCUUUUGAAAGAAUAAAAUUCAAACUCCUUAGUCAUAUAGUCAGGCUUUCUUUGAAUUGGUCUCUGCUCAUCUAUAUAGCCAUAUCCGACUGCUUGCUACUCUUCACACAUCUGAAAACCAGAUUUGUGAAAAAACAGCGCUGCUCAGUAGUUAACGACAGUAAAAAUAUUUUGUUCAGUACUAUUGAAGUAGAGGAAAAGAGACCUCUGUAUAGACCUGGGCUUGUGUCUAUACAGCCCAGGGCUGGGUAGCUGGGUAGCUCAGUUGGUUGUGUCCAACUCUUGAUUUCAGCUCAGGUUUUGAUCUCAGGGUUGUGAGUUUAAGCUCCGCAUUGGGCUCCACAUGGAGCAUGGAGCCUACUUUAAAAAGAACUGGUUUCAUGUCAAUACAGCUGAUCAAGUGAGAAUUUACAGCCAAGGGUCAAGAUAGGGGUCAGUGGAUGUAUCUAAGAGGAAAGAAAACGGGUAAGGGGUUUUGGCUAGACUGACCUAACAAUUCUUGCUGAAGAUGGGCCCAGAUGAGUGAUCCCACCCUGGGGUGAUGGUGGAAAAUGAGGGACUAUUGGUAAACUGACCUCUUGGGGUUCUUUCUAAAGCUAGAUUUUACAAGGAAGUGCACUGAUGGGUCUAGGAGAAGGUUCAGGACUGAGUUUGGUUUGGUCAAGCAAAGAAUCUGUCCCAUUAAAUAGCAAGGUGAUAACAGGGGCCAUGCACACCUUAUGUUCACGCCCAUGAGUUUCUUCACUCACGGUGUUCCCAUGUUCUGCUCUGGCUCCUCACAUUCAUUCAAUCAAUAAAAAUCAGAGUCCAAGGGGCACCUGGGUGACUCAGUUAAGUGUCUCCCUUCAGCUUGGGUCAUGAUCCUGGGCUCCUGGGAUUGAGCCCUGUGUCAGACUCCCUGCUCAGUGGGGAGCCUGCUUUUCCCUCUCCCUCUACUGCUCCCCCUGCAUGUGCUCCCUCUCUGUCAAAUAAGUAAAUAAAAUCUUUUUAAAAGUCUGAGUCCAAGAGGGCCUUAGAAACCAUCUUCAACCUCUUGCUCAGUGCAGAAACUCAACAAUAUCCCUGACAGAUGGCAAUCUAUUCUCUUCAGGAUGAGAGGCCCAUUGUUACGCAGCAGAAAAUCUGGCAGUUCCUCUGUUGAGCAUACCUCAUGGCUGGAAGUUAAUCUGAGCUGAAUUCUGCCUCCUUCUAAGUUUCUGCCUCCCAUGGUUAGUUUCUGCUUUUGCUUCUCAUCUGUAGAUGAAAGGGAUGGGCAAGAUUUCCAAGGACAUUAUCCGUCAUAACAAAGGCGGUUUCAUUCCUUGUGCCCCUCACCCAUCCCAAGUCAUACCUAUUCUUGAGAUCCAACUCAGUUCUGAGAAUGUGUAUUAUGUGAUGAGUUUCCAAGUAAGGGAAAACGUUGGUUUUACCCGAACAUUUCAGCUGACAGAAGUAUGAACCAUGGAGUGGUGGUGAAAAAGAAAAUCCUAAAUUUAAAAAAAAAAUGUUUAUGGAGUUUCAAUUUUUUCUACUUCAAAAAGAUAAAGGAAAGCUCAGUCACCUGCACUAUUUUAAAUAUGUCAAUAAUGAAGAACUGAGGAUCUUAAAUUCCAUGGCCUAGGGCUACCAGCUGACUCAGCAGAGCAUGUGACUUGAUCUUGGGGUCAAGCCCUACCCUGGGUGUAGAGCUUACUGAAAAGAAAAGAAAGAAAAGAAAAGAAAAGAAAAAAAGAAAAGAAAAGAAAAAGAAAUUACAAGGACUAUUUCUUACAUAAAGAUAAAUCUGAUCACCAGAGUGGUUUUUCUCCACAAGCAUGCUUUUCUUCGUGUAUUUCCUGCUUUGGUUGCUGACAUCAUCCAUUUUGCAAUCAACCAAGCCAGAAACCUGGGAAUUGUUCCGGAUGCCUUAUUUCUCUUCAUCUCCCUACCACCCCCCCAGCCCGACCCCACCACCUCUUCCAGUUGUCAGGCGAUAUGUAGCCCAUCCUGUGUUGUGCACCCUUGACUCCUGUGUUGGCCUGGGCUGUCCUUAACUCAUUCUGAGACUCUGGGCCCAGCCUUAUAGAAGUACCUCUGCACGAGCUCUCUCUCUAAAAUGAUAAGUGUGUGAUGCCACCGCAGACCAUCCAAUGACCCCUUUUCAUUUCUUAGGCCAGUGACCAAAUUCUUUAUGGAGAAACAGGGCUUGGGACACCUGGGUGGCUCAGUGGUUAAGCAUCUGCCUUUGGUUCAGGGCAUGAUCCUGGAGUCCCGGGAUCGAAUCCCACAUCGGGCUCCCUACAUGGAGCCUGCUUCUCCCUCUGCCUAUGUCUCUGCCUCUCUCCCUGUGUCUCUCAUGAAUAAAUAAAAAUCUUUAAAAAGGAGA